AUGAAGUUCUUCGUCAUCGCCCUUCUAUCUUCCGUCAGCACCGUCAUGGCUAUUGACUGUUUCUGCGUCACCACUGACGAUGACGUUGCCGCUGGUCGACAGCCCCAGCGCAAGUUCAACCUCAGUGGUCGCUGUGAGGAACUCGGAGGGAGAGCCGAUAUCGAGUCACGCACUUGUGAACUACUCCCGGAGGCUAGUGCCUUCACUGAAGCGGAUUGCAGCAUUGACUCAGGCGACCGAGUCCUUGUUCCUAAUUGCUUUGCGUCUGUUCUCUAA